AUGGCCUCGUGGAUCGCAACUUGGUCCUUGAGAUCCAUUUUAUCGAAUUCAUCGAUACAACACACUCCAUUAUCAGCGAGCAUAAGAGCUCCAGCUUCGAUGACAAACUCGAACGACUCCUCGUCUUUUACAACAGCAGCUGUCAAACCAGCAGCGGAAGAAGCUUUUCCAGAAGUGGCUCAUUUUGGACCACAACUCGAGAUAAUCACUCUCCUCGAUAGCACCGGACGCAUCUCCGCCAAUGAGACUCUCAGUUUGUUGAAUGUGACAAGCCAAAAACGCCAUCUUGUAGAAGCGCUACCUGUGACAUACAUAUACAACAUGGCAAUAUCGAACGCACUACUCAUUAUUUUUGGUGUCUCGGUUUACAUCCUCCCUUAUUACAUGACCGAUAAUGUCUAUAAGAGUGAGAGCAACGACCAACGACCAAUUAUCUACGUAUUUUCUAGUGUACCGAGAUACAAUUGGGCCACAGCUUUCGGUGGGUGUCACAUUUCUCUACCUUCAUCCGAUGCUCACUUUGAUAUUGAUGACUAUAAACCGAAUCGGAGUCGUUCUGAGUAUGCAAGCUUCAAAGUUAUUUACUGCCAGCAAAAUAUGGAUCUACACAUCUUUGCAUAUGGUGGAAAAGAAGAUCAGUUUGCUACGACAAUGCCUUCGGAUGUUCUGAAAGCGAAGAAGAAAACAGAGAGAAUGCUCAUGAUUCAAGCAUUCAUUACAGCUUUCUACCUAUCUGUAUAUGAGUUGACAAGCUUGGUUCUUCGAGUUGCUCCGGAGUUGUUCAGUACUUUGUCCAACGAUGGGAAGCUAGCAUUCACGUAUUUCCGCUUAGCCCAAAUCCCGUGUCACGUGUUUUUGGUGUACUUUAUCUUCACUCCAGUUACUCGGAAGAUAUACCUUGAUUUCAUCAGGGAACGCGUUUUGUGUAUGAAACCAGCGACAAAGAAGACUGUGAAAGUAUCGACAACCACUGCUCUCAGCACGAAGGCCAGGAGUGCUGAGUUGCGCAAUAUCAGGGAUUACGAUGAGUGUUCCAACAAUAUCGCACUUGUCUCCCGGCUGAACAGUCUCAACCAUCUCUCCUCGCACAAUCACAUCGACUGUACGUGGAAUCGAUCCACGUGGAAGCUCGGAUUGAGUCUCCUGAAUUCUGAUCUUUUGGAAAUCGACGAAAUGAAUUCUCAAUCAUAUAAUGACGUUAUAUGUCGUCGUCCAUGGUAUUUUAACUCUCCAAGACCUGCUCCUUUAAGAUGUCCAACACCUUCAUUCUUCACUUAUUAUGAAUGUUGCGGAGAGUUUCUAGAGAACUGUUGUUGGAGAUUCCGACAAGAGCCAAUAAUUAUCUCUAUCAUUCUGCUCGUCCUUCUAUUUCUAUUGUGUUGUUGUUGUUGCAUUGCAUGGUUGGCAUUUGGAAGAAAGAAGAAAUCAACAAGUGUGGAACCGGAAAAACAGUUGACAACUACAAAAAAAGAUUCUCAAAUUCAGACAAUUAGCAGUUCAACAAUAGACUCUGGAACUCAAUGGGAACUUCGAAAAGGUUACGAAGAGACUGAAAGAAGACGUUCUUAUGCAGCAGCUAGAGAUCGAGAAUUGGAUUAUCAGUAUUUCUCAUAA